AUGGACCAAGAAGAAAAGGGAUUGCCUCGCAUUCGCUUUGGGGAGAUCCAGGCCCCAGAUGAUGACGAUGGAUUCAUUCCGCAUGAGCGCCGCCAUGAGCGCCAAUUAUCACGGCGGAGCAGCAUAGGCAGCAUGUCAAUUCGCAGUGUUGGUGGAGCCCGUACGGUUCAGCCAGAGACUGCGCUGCCUAUUGUUUACCGCACGCUAUCUAUUGAGGUUGAUGAGCGCCAACUUCAACAACAAGCCGAGUUGAAGAAGACAAAAGAAAAGGCAGCAGUUGAUGUGGCUGGCCUGGACUGGCAUACUUUGGAGAUCCAAAACCUGUGCGAACGUCUGUCUGUGGACAAUAAACGCGGUCUCUCAGAUGACGAAAUCAAACGUCGCAUGAGCGAGUAUGGUCCGAAUAAAAUCACUCCUCCACCUUCCGGAUUGUUUGGCAAGAUCAUGGGCUACAUUUUUGGCGGAUUUGGAAGUAUUCUCCUCAUCGCUGGAAUAUUGGUCUUCAUCUCUUGGAAACCACUGGGCUCACCCCCAGCGACUGCAAACUUGGCCCUUGCAUGCGUUUUGAUUGCUGUCUGGCUCAUUCAAGCUGGUUUCAACGCAUGGCAAGAUUGGUCCACGAGUCAAGUCAUGGCGUCCAUUGGCACGAUGCUUCCCGAUCAGUGUCUUGUAAUCCGCAACGGAUCGCAAACCAGCAUCUCGGCACUAGAUUUGGUACCUGGAGACAUUAUUGUUAUCAAGCAAGGCAACAAGCUCCCUGCAGAUAUGCGCUUCUUCGAAGUUUCUGAAGAUGCCAUGUUCGAUCGGGCCAUUCUGACGGGCGAAGCAGAGCCAGUUCAAGCCACCAUCGACCAUACCGAAGAAAACUACCUCGAGACGAACAACAUUGGUAUGCAAGGUACACAUUGUGUUUCUGGUAGCUGCAUGGGUGUUUGCGUCUCCACGGGUGACAGCACCAUUUUUGGCCGUAUUGCGAAGCUCACCUCCGAGCCCAAGACCGAUAUGACACCACUCCAGAAGGAAAUUCUUCGCUUCAUUCUCAUCAUCUCGGCCUUUAUAUUCUGUGUGGUAAUUCUCAUCAUCGUACUUUGGGCGGCAUGGCUGAGGAAAUCGCAUCCUAAUUGGAUCAACGUACCUCAACUUAUCGUGAGCUGCGUUUCGGCCGCUGUUGCUUUCAUCCCCGAAGGUCUACCCAUUGCGCUUACCACGAGCUUGACGAUUGUUGCCAACAUGAUGCGCAAGAACAAGAUUCUCUGCAAGUCGCUGAAAACGGUCGAAACGCUGGGAUCCGUUUCCGUCAUUUGUUCGGACAAGACCGGCACUCUGACAAAGAACAAGAUGGUGGUGACUGAUAUAUGCUGCGGUGACAAGACGUAUACUGUCGACGAAGCUCGCAAGGAAAUGGCAGCCGCGGACUUUCCUGAUGGCAAUAUUCCAAGGCCCGUUGCCAUCGAUCAGCUACGCAUUGUCGGCGGUCUUUGCAACUCUGGUGAAUUUGACGCUGCGACAAUGAACCUGCCUAUCGCUGAGCGCAAGAUCAACGGCGACGCGACUGACCAAGCUAUUCUUCGCCUCUCCGAGUCUUUUGGCCCAGUGAGUGAUUUGCGGCUCGAGUGGAAGAGGACGUUUGAGAUCGCCUUCAACAGCAAGAACAAAUUCAUGGUGCGAUUGAUGGUGCCCGCCAAUUCAUCCGAUGGAGACAACACUGGCCUCCUCAUGGUCAAAGGUGCCCCUGAUAUUCUCCUACCACGUUGCGAUUUUAUUUUGAACAAAAAGGGAGAAGAAGAAGCCUUUGGAAGUUCCCAACGCCUCUGGAUUGAGGGUAUCAAGGAUGCCUGGUCUCGCCAAGGCAAACGAGUUAUCCUCCUCGCGCAAAAGUCCAACGUUGCAUCUGUUGCCUCUCAAGAAAAGGAAGUUCUGGCCUCCAUUCGUGACGGUCUCACACUAGUGGGUAUCGUUGGCAUUGUCGAUCCACCCCGCGAUGAGAUCCCCGAGGUCGUACGCAUUCUUCGAGGAGCUUCGAUUCGCAUCUUCAUGGUAACUGGUGACUUCAAGCUUACUGCCCAAGCAAUCGCCGAGGAGUGUGGUAUCAUCUCAAAUUCGGCUCUAGUUGAUGACAUCGGCGCGCUCGAUCGGUACAACAAAGCCACUGACAAGACAAAACAAGCCAUAGUGCUGAGUGGCCCAGAGCUCAUCACAUUGAACGAGUGUCAAUGGGAUCAGCUUUGCGAUUACCAGGAGAUUGUCUUUGCCCGAACAACGCCCGAACAGAAGCUUCGUAUCGUCAAGGAAUUUCAGGCCCGAGAGAACAUUGUCGGUAUGACCGGUGACGGUGUCAACGACGCGCCAUCGCUCAAGGCUGCUGAGAUUGGAAUUGCUAUGGGUGGUGGCUCUGACAUUGCCAUCGAAGCUGCUGAUAUGGUUCUCCUUGACUCUUUCGCCGCCAUUGUCGAAGCUGUCAAAUACGGACGCCUUGUCUACGACAACCUCAAGAAGACCAUUGUAUACUUGCUUCCAGCUGGUAGUUUCAGUGAGUUAUGGCCUGUCGUCACCAACGUCGUGUUUGGUAUCCCGCAGAUUCUGUCUUCGUUCCUGAUGAUUAUCAUUUGCUGUCUUACCGAUUGCGCCGCCGCCGUCACACUUGCAUACGAGAAACCAGAAGCCGAUGUCUUGCUUCGCCCUCCCCGCAACCUCAAGAAGGACAGGCUUGUCAACGCUCGGCUCAUCUUCCAUGCCUACUUCUUCGUCGGUCUCCUUCAAUGUUUCCUGGCCUUUACGAUGAGUUUCUGGUGGAUCCAACGCAAUGGCGUUCCGUUCAGCGCCAUGUUCCUGAAGUUUGGAGACUACGGCCCAAAUUACAGUACGGAACGCGUGAAUGAGCUCGUGAACCAGGCUUCCAGUAUCUAUUUCGUCACACUAGUCGUCAUGCAAUUGUUCAACCUGCUCGCGACACGCACCCGGCGUCUAAGUGUCCUUCAGCAAAUUCCAAUUUUCAACAAGGCGACACAGAAUCUGUCUCUCUUCCCUGCCAUGAUCUUCGCCAUUGUUGUCGUAUUCAUCUUCUGCUACAUUCCCUCGUUGCAACGGGUCAUUGACACAAGAACCAUUGCAGUUGAGUAUUGGUUCCUUCCCGCUGCUUUUGGCCUAGGCUUGCUUUUGCUGGACGAAGCAAGAAAGUACUGUGUACGCACGUGGCCCAACGGUCUGUUUGCUAGGAUGGCUUGGUGA